UUUAAUCUUUAGUAAUUCAUAAUCUAAUCUUUACCCUAUAUUUCUUAGUCUAACUGAUAAUCUUUACUCGAUCAUAUUUCUUAGUCUCAUUCAAUUAAGUUGAGUAAAAUGAGGUCAACAACAUUAAUGGUGGUGAGAAUCCUACUAUUGAUGUCAUUAACAAUUAUGCCUUCAUCAGCUCAACAACCUGCUCCUUGUUGGGCGAGCAUUGCACCUUGCUUAGAAACUGCUAAAGUUGCAAAUUAUGCAGAGGCCGACGGUAGCGCAGUGCUGUCCAGCUAUAUCAAGCGCUAGGAUCUUCGAGACGGCGUGCUUCUGUUCCGCCAAGGCUGAUAUACUUUCACAACAUGCUCAAGUUUUCUUUGAUAAUGUUUUGGCAUUUUGCGGAAUUCCUGCUACUUUGGAAACAAUAUGUCCUGCUCAACAAGCUGCUCCUUGCUGGGCGAACAUUGCACCUUGCUUGGAAGCUGCUAAAGUUCAAAAUUAUGCAACGGCCGCAGUAGAGAUGUGUUGUCCAGCUAUAUCAAACAUUAUGAUCAACGACUCGUCGUGCUUCUGUCUCGCCAAGACUGAUGUAGUUUCACAGCAUGCUCAACCUAUUUUUAAUGACAUUUUGACAACAUGCAAAAUCACUGGUACUACUUUGGACGCACUAUGCCCUGAUACUCCUUCGUCACCCUCAAGCACAACUCCACCAACCCCCAACACAACUCCAUCAACCCCAGGUACACCUCCAUAAACUACGGGCGGCACACCAACAACGCAGCAAUGGCAUCUACAACUUGAUAUUGUAUAUAAUAUAGUUGUGGACAUAAAUAAAUGACAUUGCAAUUUCCUCAUUCUCGUCAUCAAUCUACGUGUGGAAUACUGGAAUGUAUCCUUGUGGUGAAGUAUAUCUGUUUCCUUUGAGUUUGUUUGGCUUUGUAAUAAAUAGUGAAGCCACGUUCUUCGCUUCUAUUUUUCAAUAAAAUUGUGUUGUUUUUUCUUAUGUUUUU